CUCAAGUUCUCUUCCAUGGCCUCUAAAUUCUUCUUCCUGCUAAUUUCUUCAUUUGCCAUCAUGAAAAUGGCAACAGCCGGAGAUCCUAACAUCCUCUCGGACUUUAUAGUCCCUCCAAAUGUCACAGUUGAUGGAAAUUUCUUCACAUUUACUGGCAUGCGUUCGCUUGUUGGAGCAGGCCCUCCCACAGCCGGCCUUAAGGUCUUGAAAGCAAGUUUGGCUGAAUUCCCGGCUCUCAACGGGCAGAGUGUUUCCAUUGCUGUCCUUGAAUUUCCAGCUGGCACCACAAACCCACCCCACACCCAUCCCCGCUCUGCUGAGCUUCUUUUCCUGGUUGAUGGUACCCUUCAAGUGGGGUUCGUUGAUACGACCAACAAGCUAUUUACUCAGACGCUACAAACGGGUGAUACGUUUGUGUUUCCUAAGGGACUUGUGCAUUUUCAGUACAAUGUUGACCCGAAAGCACCUGCGCUAGCGAUUUCAGCUUUUGGAAGCGCAAAUGCUGGACUUGUUUCGAUUCCCAACACUUUGUUCAACACUAGCAUUGACAACAAUGUCUUGGCUUUGUCCUUCAAGACCGAUGUUGCCACCAUUCAACACCUUAAGGCUGGUCUUGCUCCCAAGUCCUAA